AACGUUUUCAAACCUUCGAAUGCAUUUCGUGUUUGAGCUUUGACUGAGACGGCAUGAUGUUAGCGAAGAUAGUAUUGCUCAUCGGCGUUGUUGCCUACUGCCAUGGCAUGCAAAGUUUGGUUGAUGUUAUUGGUGCCAACAAUGGUACCACUUUGGUUAGCUUGAUUAAACAAGCCGGUCUAGCAGACGCAUUGGCUGGACCAGGUCCAUUCACCGUCCUAGUACCUGUCGAUUCUGCCUUCGCUGCCAUCCCUAAAGCCGAUGUCGCUGCUCUAACAGCUGACAAAACUGCCCUCGCCAAUGUUCUUAAAUUCCACGUCAUCAGUGGAGAAGAGUUCAGUUUUGAUAUCGUCAAUGGCCGAGUCCUGCCUACUUUGUCUGGACAUUCCAUAAGAUUGUACGAGCAGGGCGGAAAUAUUUAUUUCAACGAUGCCAAAGUUUUGGCUGUUGAUAUUGAGGCCAGUAAUGGUAUUGUCUACCUUAUUGAUAGAGUUUUAGAUGUACCAGAAGGAACUAUUAUGGACAUUUUGGACAGUAAAUCUCACAAUCUCACUCAAUUCGCUGCCCUCGUCAGAAAGGCUAGGCUCGAUUAUCGUCUGAAAGGUUCUGUUAGCAGCAGCUACAAAUACACUGUUUUUGCUCCUUCAAAUGCUGCCUUUGAUAAGCUCCCAGCCAGUGUCAAAUCAGCAAUCCUCGGCCAAUCUUCAAUAUACGAAAGAGAGAUCGUUGACUACCAUAUCCAUGCUGGAACUAUUCAUAUCAAAAGUUUAGAUCAUGCUGGACUCGUCUCAACUCUUCUUGGUGGUCAUGAGAUCAGUGUAACUACUGCUAAUAAUCAAGUAACAUUUAAUGGUAAAGGUGUACUAGAAGAAUCUGAUAUUGAAGCUGAAAAUGGCGUGGUCCAUGUUAUUGACCAAGUCUUGAUCCCGUCUAACUUAGGAAGCAUCAUUGGUUAAAUCUGUCCCUUUAUGAACAUACUCCUGUAAAAACACAGCCAGUUUUACAAAAAAUAAAACAAAAUAAUAAAGGAA